UUUGGGGAAGAAAUCCUUCAAGAAACCAAUUAUUACAUAGAAAAUGGUUUACGUCAUAUAAGACCUUACAAUUUCACUUUUACAACUCACGCGAAGGGACGAUGGGUUGGCAAGAAGUUAAUCGACAUUUUCAAAAAUGAAUUCAGCUCUAGCCCAGUGGAAUACUAUAUAAACGCAAUACAGAAUGGGAAAAUAACAGUUAACAACAAGAUUCCCUCAGCAAAUACAAUAGUCCGAGAUAAUGAUGUUAUUCGUAACACGGUCCAUAGACAUGAACCACCGGUUACAGCAAAUCCAAUACAAAUUAUAAAAAUGGACGAUGACAUUGUUGUAAUUAACAAGCCAGCAUCUAUACCGGUACAUCCUUGUGGACGUUAUCGACAUAACUCGGUGGUAUUCAUGCUUGCUAGAGAUUACGGAUUACAAAAUUUACAUACCAUUCAUCGAUUAGACCGUUUAACUUCUGGAAUAUUAAUAUUCGCCAGAACACUUCAGAAAGCUCAAGAAUUAGAAAAGCAAGUUCGUGAUAGGCAGAUUGAAAAACAGUAUGUUUGUCGAGUCGACGGAGAAUUUCCAACAGAAACUAUCGAUUGUAAAGAACCGAUUGAUGUAGUUUCGCAUAAACUUGGAGUUUGUCGUGUAAGUCCUAAAGGUAAAAGCUGCCAAACUAUAUUUCAACGCCUUUCUUACAAUGGUAAAACCAGUCUGGUAAAGUGUAUUCCGCUUACAGGUCGAAUGCACCAAAUCCGUGUACAUUUACAAUGGCUAGGUUACCCGAUUGUAAAUGAUCCAAUUUAUAACCAUGAAGCCUGGGGUCCUAACAAAGGCAAAGCUGGCCAUAUAGAUAAAGAUGUUGAUAGCAUUGUUCUGACAUUACUACAGUUUCACCGACACGACAAUGUGAUUCCAAAACAAGUGGAUGAAAUUAAGAACUUGGAUAGCGUAGAUGAAUUGGACAAAGAUAACUCUUCAUCCUCGUCACAAAAUUGCGAAAAUAUUAGUCAAGUUAGACAGCAUCAAGAUAAUAAAUCCGAAUCACACAUUACUACCGAAAAAAUUCAAGCUAGUGAAGAUGUAAAUCAAUCCCCGAUGGUAUCCCCAUUAGAGAAUAAUGUCCAUCAAGACUGCGUUGAAUGUCGAUUAACGUACAAAGAUCCUACACCUGAAGAAAUGGUUUUAUGGUUACAUGCUUUAAAAUAUAAAGGACCAGACUGGGAGUUCGAAGCCAAACUACCGGAAUGGUCUUUGGAUAAC